AUGUCUUAUUCGCGGAAUGUCUCGACUACGCUUCGGUUCGCUCCAACCCCGAGCUACCCAUUGAGCGGUCAAAUCCACGACCUAGUGUUCAGGGGACACAUGAAGAACAGACAGUCUCUUCAAUCAGGCAUUGUUAGCCCAGAACUAUGUGAUGACAUUCUCAAUCGACUAUCUCCCUUCCUUCACAGAAACAAACCUCUUGAUAUCCUCGAUCUAUGGCCAGGGUGUGGACUUCUCUCCACGAAAGUCAACGAAUACCUUCAACCUCGCCGCCACGUACUCAUUGAGCAGGACUACAAUGAGUACAAACCCUUGCUCGGGCCCUUAGCCAAAAGCAAGCCAUGCUACAAGCUCCUAUCUAUGAAUCCAUAUCUCAUCACAAAUUGGGCCGAACUCUUCGCUGAGCAUUUACCAGAACAAAAGUUGCCUGAUCAAGUAGAUGGUCAGCUACCGCGAAAUGACACGCUUCUUGUGUUAGCCAAUCCUCCCGAGCCCUACUCUGUCAAGGACCAUUACACUCCGGCACGGUGGUGGAGCGUCACGAUGGAAAAUUGCCUGGCCCAGAAAGGGUUACACUGUUACGGCAGUGUGCGGAUAAUGGCUUCUAUUAGCUUAUCGGACUCUGAACGCAUCGUCCCUCGUACUAUAGUCGAGCGCAAGAGACCAGCCAUCGUGACAGAAAAUGUGGCAGCGCAUAUGUUUGAGGUUGCCAAAACUAGAGAGAUUGAAUCUUGGGUGGCUUAUAAGUCCACUGAUUUGAUCAAGCGGAAUUUUGAGCGGGUGACGGAGAGAGAGAAGGCGCAGGGCAUAAUCACUCCUCCCUCGCGAACACAACCUCCGUAUCAAAUGGCUAUCAAAAGCCCCCGACCCGGCAGGGCGGCAAUUGCCCACCAACCCCGACUUGCAACGGAAUAUCUUCAGAGGCUGUACAAAAUCAUAGCUGGACAUACCAGAAACAUCCUCAGACCUGUAACUGCGACUGAAUUAUCCGACGCGACCAAACCAACUGACAAGGCCAAAUACCUCAAGUGGAAUAGAGCCUUUGCUGAGCUGAACCGGGAUAAUUUAUUUUUCUUUACCCGCGCCACCAUUUCCGAGAAGCAGGCUGAUCUGGAGAGAAAAGUUCGGUGUCUGUCACAGGCGGCCGCUGACCCCAGUGUCGAUCUCAAGCAAUUAGAAGCAUAUGACCAGGAAGUGGCGGCAUCCCAGAAUGAUUUGACGGAAUAUAUGGCCAAUUUACACUAUCGGCUCUAUCGCUGCUACGACCACACGGUUGAUGACGACCGCAAUGAUGUGCGGUCGAACAACUUUGACGACUCCUGCCUAUUAUAUGACCGACGACCAUUCGAACCACUACAUACAUCACAAGAUGAAAUAUACCCACACUUAGAUCGAGCAGUGGUAUACUUUGAAGCAGGCACAACGCCUAUUGCAUUCCAAAAGAUACAGCAGGUUCCGGCUGAAAAGCGCGAACAGCUCUUGGAACUCUUCCAAGCCUACACCAUGAUCCUCGGCACUCGAAGUGAGAUGUCAGUGACAGACUUUCUAGUAUCAAUAUUUCCCGAGACCAGUAUCAAUGAUAUAGUCAGUGCUAUCCCGGGACUAGCUUCGUAUGCAACAAAGCGACUCAAGACUGGUAGUGGACCAAUACCGCUUGCAGAUGGAAUGGACCCGCAUUCAAGCUUCCAAGAGAACCUGGAUUAUGACCUGAGUGGUACUCGGAUAAGGCUUCUUCCAGUCGGGAUACUCUGGGACAUCAUUAUCGAGUACCAGAAAAGGGCAGUAGAUGAGAUUUCGGCUCGUCGCUUAACGAGGUUACUUGGUGGUACACUGACAGCUUUCCGAGCGGGAGAAUCAGUAGGACAGCCCGGUAAAAAGAGUGUGAAAUAG